CUCGGAAACCAUCAUGGCGGCGGUACCUUUGCGGGAUCGGCUGAGCUUCUUGAGUCGGCUACCCACUCUAAUCAAAGGCACCUCAGAUGAUGAAGUCCCAUGCCCAGGGUACCUGUUUGAAGAUAUUACCAAAAUCUCUCAUGAGUCAGCAGGAAGCAGUCACUGUCUCCUUGAGUACCUCCUCAAUCGCCUUCAGAACAACUCAUGCCACGUCAAGCUGAAGGUGCUCAAGAUCCUAGUAUACAUGUGCAACCAUGGCUCUUCACACUUCCUUCAGCAGCUCAAGCGGAAUUGUUCCUUCAUUCAGGAAGCCACAGUUUUUGCAGGGCCUCCUGAUCCUCUCCAUGGCAACAGCUUGUACCAGAAGGUACGGAUGACCGCACAGGACCUGGCAAGCACCUUAUUUUCAGAUACCUUGUUGCCCCAGCCUGCUAUUCAGCCACCUAAAGAGCUACCUUCAACAGGAAUGGGCACCAAGUCCAGCCCUCAUGGCUCACUCCAAGGCUUUGGUUUUGAACAAAGCAGUUCCACAUCCAAGGGCAAAGCUCUGCUGGCCACCAUCCAGAAAGCAGCUGAGGUGGUUGCCAAUGCCAUGCUCCCUGGUCAGGAGCUCACUAGUCCCCACCGUAGGGAGCUGAAGGAUGAUGCCUACGAGCCUGUGAUGGCACCUUCUCCUGGCAAAAGUCCCCUCCUGCCUAUGAAGUCGCCUUCUGCUGUAUUGCGAAAGAUGAGAGUGAACCAUCAACCGGGACAAGCAGGAGGUGGGUGGGAAGAGUUGGAGCAAAGCUCCCAGAAUUCCUUACAGAACUGUGAGCUGAGCAGGACUUCUGAUUCCUACAGCAAGUCGAGCAGUGACAACCACUCAGGUGCCAUAGAGUCAGGAAGUGUUGCUGAAAGGCUGGAAGCUGAAAACCUUGGUGACUGCCUGCAAGAAGUGAACCUUGUCACCAAACUAACUGAGGGCUCCAAGGUCUUCCUGACACGUGAGGAGACCCAACACUUCAUCAAGGAGUGUGGGCUGCUAAACUGUGAGGUGGUCUUGGCUCUGCUCAACCGAACCUUGAAGGACCCCAGUGAGUGCAUCCGCAUGAGGGCCAUGUGUGCCAUCUAUUCCCUCAUGUGUUCUGACUUGCUCUCCCAUGAUCAGAUAUUGGCCAUUACCCAGCAACACUUGCAGGAGCUCAGCCAAGGGAGCCCUGGGUCUGUAGCCAACAAAGCAACAAAGAUCUUGCGUCAAUUUGAAGCACUCUGCAGGAGCAAUCCUACUUCCAAGGACUCCCCCCCAGUCACCACCCAAAGUGUCUCUGGCAAGGCCACAUUCAAGCACACCGAUGACCUGCUGACAAAUCCAAUGCCCUUUGCAGGAGAGAGUGUCCUCAAACCCAUGAACCUGGCACCGCAGCCCUCCCUAGCACCUAAUAUGCUCACGAGUGAUACAUGCCUGUUAGAAGAACGGAUGCUGGAAUCGGGGUCCUGUGGCCAGCUUGAUACCCUGUCACCUGGCCUCAACCAUCAGCAGGCAGAAUGUGAACUCCCAGACUCUCAACCCCAAGAUGAUCGGCCCCCAAGGGGUGAUCCAGAUGGCACAGUGUCCUUAUUUGCGGGCAUGGAGCUGGUAGCCCCUUCAAGCAUGGCAUUGGCGGUGGCUGCAACUGGGCAGGAAUGCACUUCUCCAGCCCCACGGACAGCAUCUUGCACUGGGAGCGCCAGGGAUGGUGAGGACAACCAGGAGCUGUCUGCUUUCUCCUUCCUCCAUUUGUAGCAGUUCCCUGUUGCAGUUUCAGCUGUGGAACAGCUAAGUUAGCAUCAAACUGGCAUAUUUCCAGCUCUCACCAGGGUGGGGUUUUUGCAUCCUACAUGUUAAGCACCUGCCUCUAGUUAGGCAGCCUCAGUUGCUUGUCUGAUCUGUUUUCCUUUUUGUUUAAGUUGUCAUUCAGUCCUUAAAAGGUGCGGGGGGGCGGGGGGAGGGUGACAUCCCUGACUACGCUUCUCUUCCUGUUGGGUCACCUGCAAGCAUGCAAGAGAAGACUUGAAACCUCAAUACCGACUUUUAAUUUGAUUGCUAGAAACGUUUCUUGUUGAACAAACACAGCACAAAACAGUAACAACAUGGUCUGUUUUCAUAGACACACAUCACAAUGGGCUCCUGUAGAAAUAUUUCCUUUACUCUUCCUU